AUGGCUUCACGAACAAUCGAAUAUGUCUGGAAGGUCGCACGGCCAAAGGAUGAAGACGUUGCUCGGGCAUUGAUAUAUGCCGCUUAUACGACGGCCAUUCAGACGGACCCUCGCACAACGAGAGUCUUGAUCCGAUCCUACACUCACCCCACAACUCGAAUGGGUGGUGUUUACGCUAAGGACCAAUCGCAUAUCACAAUCUCGGUGAAGAAUCAAAAGACGAUCCAAUCAGGGCAACACCAGUCAAGCCAUGGUUACACGCGGCACAUCAAACCUUUCGAGGUGAUUAGGGUUUCACCGAGCGGCGUCCUUAAAAGCGACAGUGGUGACAUGGCGUGGCCACCUUCAAUGGGAAUGAACCCGAGAGAAUCUUUCACAGGACCACCUGCUCUACUGGGUCUGAAAAACGCCUUUAUUACGUGGCCUUCCGAGGAAACGGGUGAAUGA